AGCUAGCAACUUUGGUAGCUAUUCAGAUCCUAAUACAUUAGAUGCUGCAAUCACUCAAGCGAAAACUGUUGAAGCAGGAAGAUAUUAUGCCACAGAACAUGAUUUUAGCAAGCCAAAAGUUGAGGACGAACUUGAAAAAUUAACUAAGCAGUUUGAACAAAUGGCAUUGAACUAA